AUCAAUCUCUUUGAGUCUUUUCUAAAUCCAUUCUUCAAUGUUUCAUUAAUUAUCUAGUCCAGUGGUCCAGUCCCUAGUCACUAUCAGCUACUUUUUUUUAUUAGUUCAGAGUAAUUACAUCUCACUAUCAGGAAUGUAGCCCUGUCAAUCUUAUCAUUUGUUUUAGUUAGAGAUAAAGUUGGUGAAAGCUUUUUGAAUUAAACAGAGGAUCUUAUCAUCCCUUCUAAUGAUAAUGAAAAUGUACAAAUAAAAUGUAUGCAGUGGAUACAAAUAAAAACAGUAGACCACUGAGCUUUGCAUGGAUUCUAUUUGUGUCUUGUUUUUUUUCUCACUGGAUACAAAGUGUUUGAAACUUAUAUGUUUUAUGGUGAUUUGUAGAUGACAUGUUCAGUCAACCAGAUUUACUUAGAAGUCACACAAUUUGCAGAAUAGUGUUGAAGGGAUGUGAAUAGAAAAUAGAUGCUGUCACUUGAAACAGGUUGCAAUUAGCCUGAGGGACAGAAGACUGAAAAAAAUUGAUUAGUUCUCUCAUCUGUACAAAAUGACAUCACCAGCAUGUGGUAUCAAAAGAUGGCGAGGGAUGCUUGUGGUCGCUGGAGGAAUUCUCAUUCAUCUUUCUCUGGGAACUGUCUACACAUUCGGGAAUCUGAACCCUUAUAUAACAUCUUACAUGAGGAACUAUGGCUCCGCAUCCAGCUUGACCUACACAGAAUGUUCUUGGGUGUUUGCUUUAGGAGCCAUGGGACAGGGAGCUUCCAUGGCUGUGGGUGGAGUCAUAGAGAGAAAAAUUGGUCCUAAGCUGACGGCAUUGCUAGGAGGCUGGUGCAUGAGUCUAGGUGUGAUGCUGACAUAUUUUGCUGUGAAACAAUCGUUUGCUCUGACAAUAAUCACUUAUGGCGCAGUUUUUGGAUUUGGUAUUGGUAUAGCAUAUGCCAUACCUCUGGCCUGCUGUAUGAGGUGGUUUCCAGAGAGGAAAGGACUGGUGAAUGGAUUAGUAGUGGCUGGGUUUGGUGGAGGAGCCUUCAUCUUCAACCAAGUUCAAACUGCCUUCAUUAACCCAGAUAACCUUCAGGCUGAUAAGGAAGUAAACGGAGAAAAAUAUUUUGGGGAAGCCAGCAUUUUGGAUCAAGUGCCUUAUGUUUUUUUACUGCUGGGCGGCUGUUACGCUGGUAUGCAGCUCAUUGGAAGUCUUUUGUUGUGUAACCCACCAGCUUCAGAGGUAAGUGUGAACGAUUUGAGAACUUUUAAACUGAUUUCCAGCAGAGAACAACAAGAGGAACAGAAUGAUGAGGAAGUUAACUUCACCCCCGCACAGAUGUUGAAGAGUAAAUACUUCUACAUCAUCUGGUUUAUAUUCCUGCUCAAUGGACAAGGCAUAGUCUUCCUAACAACAUUAUACAAGGCUUAUGGACAGACAUUUAUAAGUGAUGAUUCCUUCCUGGCCUUGGUUGGUGCCUUUGCUGCUGUGUUCAAUGCCUUUGGGCGCAUCAUGUGGGGCAGCAUAGCAGACAGGUGGUCCUUUAGAGUAGCCAUGUUGACUGUUUGUACUGCCUUCACUGCUCUCAUGCUCACCCUACAGCUGGCUCCCUAUGGAGGGAAAGCAUUGUUCUUCGUAUACAUCUGUCUCCUCUUUGGUUCCUUCUCUGGGAGCUUUGCCUUGUUACCAACAGCUACUGCCAAGUGUUUUGGCCGCAAGUAUUUGAGCAUCAACUAUGGCCUGGUUUUCACCUCGCAGAUUGUGACAGCUCCACUAGGAGCAUUUCUGUCUCAGACUUUGAAGUCUUCCAUUGGUUGGACUGGUUUGUUUUUUAUGGUGUCUGGCUUUUCUUUUGUCGCCUUUUUGUUGACUGUGAUAUUCAAUGCUAAAAGCAGAAAAGGUUUUGAGAUUUGACAUCUUUCUGCAGUGGUGACCAUUUUUGUUGAAUUUUUUACUUCAAGAUUUAACUGCUGCCUGGACAACUUUCGAAAAGGCCAAAUUUCAUUGGUUGUUAAUUAUAUGCUCUGGUUUUGUAAACUAUUUGCAUUGGUUUGGUAAAUUAUAAAUUAUGAUUGAUAGUUGUAUUGUAAGUAAGUCUAAGAUAGUUGUAUGAUAGUAAGUUUAAGAUAGUUGUAUGAUAGUAAGUCUAAGAUAGUUGUAUGAUAGUAAGUCUAAGAUAAUUGUAUGAUAGUAUUUGUCAUUAGGAUAGCAUGAGGGCAUUUAUAAUUUAGUCUCAGGAUUAAAAAAAAAAAUGUUUAUUGCAAUAUAUAUAGAGAGAGAGGAAGAGAGAGAGACAUUACUGUUGUUUGUUGAACUUGUUCCUGUUGUUUGUUGAACUUGUUUUUUUGUCGUUUGUUUGUAAAAGGAUUUUAUCACUUUGUUCCUUAUCAUCAAUUUUUUUAAAACUAUAUACCCGGUAGUUUUUGUUUUCUAAAGAAGUGAGAGGGUGGUACAUCAAAGUCUCUUGUUACUCCAAACUCUAAUGUUGCCUCCUUAACCAUGUAACUUGAUGUGAACAUUCAUUUCAAGAUUCUCUAUCUCCUUUAUGUACAUACCCCUCUGUCCCCUUCAUCAUCACUAAGAUUUUAUUCAUUCCACCUACUUUUUAACUUCAUAGUCAAUCAAACAUCAAUGGUAUUUUAAGAUUGAAUUUAUUAGUUAAAGUUUUAUGGGCUUUUUUUUUUUUUUUUUUUUUUUGUGAGAGUGAGAUGUCAAUGUUUUAUGGGCAUCUAUAUUUCAUAUUUGUAAUUUUCAAAUUUGUUUUAUUUUUGCUUUUAAACAGUUUGAAUGUAAAAGAGUGCAAUAUAUUGUCAUGCAUGUUUAUUUUGAAUGGGUAUGAUACCCAAACUGUAGUGUUUCAAGGCUUGCUGCAUUGUGGCUUGUUGUUAAUCUUAAUUCUGUAUACUGUCUUCUUCUUGACAUCUCCCUAUUUUUCAGUUUUGUUUAAUUGAAAAACGUAAAGAAAGUUUCAUUAAGAAUGACAUUCCAUUUGAUAACUUGUUCAAAAACACAAGAGAAAGCCAACCAAGAGGCCAGUGUAUUGAUUGAUCCUACUUAGAUUGUAGACCUUUGUUUUUUAAACUCUCAAAACAAACCAAUAUGUUUCAUGCAUAGACAUAGGUCUGUGGUUUACUUUUUAAUUGUACAAUGAUUAUAAUAUUUCAAAACAAAUAUAAAAUUUUACGGUAAAUAAGUUUAGUUGUCAGAACAUAUUUAUACUCUGUAAGCUCUAUUGUUAAAACAGACUUGUGUAUGAUUUAAAAUUGUCAUACUUAAACUGAUGUUGACUUUUAAAAUUAACAGUAAUUUAAGAUUGCUCACAUGCAGAUUGACCUUGUUUAUUGUCAAUGUCAUACUAGCCCAUAAAGAAAUGUGCAAUGUCUUUCAAUGGAAACAUUCCAUUUGCAACAAGUUAAUGUUGUAGAAAUAUGAUGCCAGGAUGAUGUUACAGGGAGAGUUACAUAUGGUAGAUGUUCCACUUUCUUUGUGAUCAUUUGACUUGAACCAUGAAGAAAGUAUUAAUCUCUGAUUACUAGUUUAAUUCUAAUCAAUAGCAAAUAUUUCCAAAUCAAAAGCUGUUCAGUGUUGAAUAUACCAUGUUGAAGAGUUCCACUCUAGAACAGCAUUCAAUUUACAAGAAACAGUUUAGUUUUGUUACAGUUUUGUAGUAUUUAGGUGUUUUUUUUUCUACAACAAAGACUUUCAUCUUUACCAUAAGAAAUUUGAAGCAAAUUACAAAUGUAAUUAUAUCCCUUUCUGUCACCAUGAUGUUCAUUUAAUAAAAUAUGUUCAUGAUUUGGCUCAGUGGUUAUUGGUGGCCAGCAUGCAGAGAAUGUUUACUCUCUGUACUUUCAUCUUACUGGUACAAGAGAUAAACAAGUCUUGUCCAAAAUUUCUCCAUGUAAUACCUAGCCUUUGUCUUGCCAUAUUUGUCCAGUUUAUCAUUUUCGAAACUCCUUUAGCUUACAAAUGAAAAAAAACUUGUACUUCGAAUGGACUGGUCAGCUUCAGUGAUAUAUAUAGUAGAGUCACUAUUGCGGAACAGCUCUUCGAAAUUAGUUAAAAUCUACUUUAUUUUGAAAUUUUCUGCUAAACUACUGUAACGGUAUUGCGCAUGGUCCAUUUCUCAACAUUUCCAAUAUAUAGGUUUUCCAUUCACAGCUGAAGAUUUAUUUUGACUCCAGGUUAAAGUUGACAGGUGUGGAAUCGUCCAUUAUUUUUCAUGUAUCAGGAGAACCGCAUAGGUCAGGGCUGAAGCUUUUGUUAAAAUGAUAAUAACUCAUCAUCUGCAUGAUACACCUAAUUUUCGGUUUAUAAAUAGAUUUGGAAAAACGUCAUUUUAUAGCCAUCUACCAGGAAUUGAAUUUUUAAAAAAUUGGGAGGUGUUCACCCGGUUUUUACCUUUUUAAAGAUAGUCACAAUUGUGAAAUACUAUAGAUGUUAUUUAUUUGACCUGCGCAUAGUGAUUUAGAUUAUCGGAAUUUUAACAUGAGUUUGCAUUAGAAUACAUAAAUUUAAAAACAUUUAGUGAAUAAUAUUACAUAUACCGAUAAUAUAGAAUUUAUGAUUACCAGACAUCCAGGGCGUGUCCUCAGUCUGGCAGAUUUUAUAGACCCUAGCUAUUGGUACAAAAUAUAUAUAUAUAUAUAUUUUUUUACAGAGUAUGAUUUAAUUAUAUUUGAAAUGAAUUAAAUUUUUGACAUAGUUUUUUUGUAAACAUUUUAAACAUCUUUGUCUUUUUUUUUAAAACAACAGCAUUGGCCCUUGCCUAUUAAAUGAUCCAACCAGCAUCUUCAUCAUUAAUGAAACCGGAUUUAUAUCUGACCCAAAAGACGGUGUUAUUGUGUGUAAAGGCAGUAAACAUGUAAGCCUAUGCACGGUUACCUCAGGCUGUUAAACAGGUGACGGUGCUAACAUGUAUAGGCCUAAGUGCAGCAAGACAGUCUACCCAUCCUUUAUUAAUUUAUACCUACAAAAGUAAUCCCUGUAAAAAUCUACUUCCAUGAUGCCUUAUUACAAAUGUUAGAAAAGGGUUGGAUAAUGACUUCCAUAUUCUAUUCAUGCUACUAUCCUUAUCCCAAAACCAAUUAUUCCCUUAGUUGACAGCCAUGCAAGAUCAGGCUUUCAUUUAGUCAUGAGAAGCGCUCUAUUGGACAAAUGCCCUCAAGAAGCAUAUAUGUUGCUAUGGCCGGUGAUGGGAUUAAUCUAUAGUCCUUUGGAGGAGUUUAGAAGAAAGUCUGAAGUAAAGUGGCAGCACCCGAGAUAGCCUCAAACUGCUAUAGGAUUGUGAGAAAUUAUCCCUUCAAACCAAAAAAAAUAAUUAUUUGUGUAUAAUUAGGCCUAUUUUUUUUGUAUAUAUAAAUUUCCGCUGCAUAGGCCUACGUGUACAAAUAUAUGUAGGUCAUUAAUAUUUGUUUGCAAGUUUUUCUUUUUUUAAAUUUUGGUUUGUUCGUUUAACUGUUAAUAUUAUUGCUUUUUUUUUUACAGUUGAAUACAAAUCAUAAUACCAUAUAUAUAUAUAUAUAUAUAUAUAUAUACACUAUUAAUAUAACAAAAAAGAAAUAAAGAAUAGUGGAAAUUAAAACCUUGUAAAGAAAAACAGAGUAGUGUGACGUCAAUUACAAAGAAGAGGUUAAGAACCUAAAAGUGACAGUGGGUGUCUUAAGCUUUAAUCAAAAUAAAAUUAAUGUAAAGGAUAAGGAGUUCAAGUAUUAUAUAAGACUAAUACAAUGUGUGCUUUGUUCCACAUUCUUACAGUGUUCCGCAAUUGUGACUUAAAAAAUCCUGUUCCAUAAUUGUGACUGACCAUAUCACAGUCGAUUUGAAUGUAAAAUUUAAAUAUGUGUUGCAAAACUAAACAAUGCAUCUCUUUGUAUCGGAAAAUGGAUGGGCAAUGCCUAGAUACUUUUAGUUUUUCCAUAGGUCUAACCAUUACGGAGAAAAAAAUUGAAAACUAAAAGAAGCAGCAAACUGUUCCGCAAUAGUGACUACUAUAUAUAUAUAUAUUUGACAGCAAUGACUAUAGUAUCACUUGAAAAUGUUCUAAGUUUGUUCCAGUAGAACCAAGCUCAAAUACUAGUGUCCCCAGAGAGCCAGAAGUUAAUAUAACUUUUUCCAAUGGUAUUAUUUAUUAAUGUGACAAUCUCAUUUAAUUUGAAAUUUAUUUGUCCCAUUUAUUUACUUAAUCAAAAAACUCGUUAAAUAUUUUAAAAAAAUAGUGUUUUUUUUAUAAGAAUAAAACCUUGCUUAUAUUGAUUGAAAUUGCAUCAUUUAUCUAUCAUAUCUGUACACAUUGUUGUUGCUGUCUGUUUUUCCCCUGAUCAAGCACAAGUUCAGAGAUGGUCUUAAUUAGAUGCAAUAGGGUUGAAGGUGCAUCGUCAUUACAGUUUUGAUUAGGUGACAUUGCAAUCUUCCCACUACCAUGUCUCUCAUCAUUGCAAGGCUUAUUUUCCAUUAGCUUUCUACAUUUUUCAUAUAAAGCAAAAUUAAGUAUGACAUAUCGAUGAACUAAUUGUUUAAUUUUUUUGAUUCAUCUGUUGUCAUUGACAAUGGAUAAAAUGUUCAAAGUUUCAACUUGAUCAGGAAUGGGAAGUGGGAGAAAGAACAAAACAGAUUUUGACCAGAGGGACGAAGUAAAAUCAAUCUUUGAAGUGAAGUCCGGUGCAGUCCUCCCUUUUAAAAGACCACUAUUAUGACUAUUACACACAUUGGAACUAGAGUGUUUUGAUAUUGAUCCAAUUAAUUACACCAUAUUUAUGACAUUUUUUUUAAUCAUUUGACAUCAUUGGUGAUAUUCAUUCCAUAUUAUAUGUUUAUUGCAAUACAUCAUUUUUUAAAUGGUCAGGGUAUUUUUCUUUUAUUUGAAAAUAAAAAUAUGUUACAAUUAUUUUAAUUUAGCUGCGCAAGUAUUGGAUUUUUUUUUUUAUCAUACUCAGUUAUUUACUUUUCAAAUGUAACGUUAUAUACAACUGUGAUCAUUCCAAACUUACAUGCCUAAUUAAAAUCAAUGUAUAUUGAUAGGACUUUGAGUCUUUUCAUUGCUAUAGGCUCCAUUGACAAAUAUUUAUUAAGUUCUCGGACUAUGAAAUUUAAGUUGACAUUUGUUUUUCAGAUGCAUUACAAACUGUUUUAUAGCCACUGUUAGCAAAUAGUUUAAGUCAGUGAUGCCCAACCUAAUUUGACCUGUGGGCCAUUUUGAUUUCCAACACUUGUGUCGCAGGUCACUUGACCAAAAAUGUACAAAAACUAAAUGAAAUUGACCUGAAACAUUUUUUAUUAGGAACCUGUGGAUCUAGUACAUUAAUUAAUGGGAUAUUGGAAUUAUUUUUUUUUUACGCAUUGGAAACUGGCUUCUAUUUUCUAUUGAAAAUGUGAGCAACAUUGUAGCUAGCUUUACCAAUGACUCAUCUCUUUUUGAUAAAUAUGUCCAUUGAUCCUAUUAUAACAAUCAUAUUCACGACUCAAACCAAGAA